AUGGCUGAGCAGCACGUUUCUUUCAAAACUGAAGAUCUUUUCUCUGUCAAGGGAAAGGUCGUGGUCGUCACCGGAGGUGGUUCUGGCCUCGGCAAAGCAAUCGCCGAGGGAUUCGCUGUGAAUGGUGCGAACGUCUACAUUUCCGGAAGAAGAAAGGAAAUGCUCGAUAUCGCUGCGAAAGAGAUCGGAGGAGACAUUCACGUUGUCCAGGGUGAUGUAUCGACCAAGACAGGAUGUCAGGAUCUCGUCAAAGCCAUUUCCGCCAGAGAAUCUCAUGUCGAUACUCUCAUCAACUGUGCCGUCAACGUUAAUGGGAUCUACUUCCUCACCGUCAACUUCAUUCCACUCCUUCGAAAAUCAGACGAUCCCAAUGUCUGCGUUAUUUCUUCUCUGGCAGCCCUCGGAGCCCAGAGCAUGAAAAUUCGAGUCAAUACUAUUUGUCCCGGCGUUUUCCCGUCUGAGAUGACGGGUACCACCACCGGCAAACAUGAGUAUGCUAUUAACCACCAAGCUGAAAAGGCCGCGAAGCGCUGUACCGCCGGGCGUGCUGGUCGUCCCGAGGAGAUUGUUGGACCGGUGCUUCUACUGUCCAGUCCGGGUGGUGGAUACAUGAACAAUGCACUCCUCACAGUUGAUGGCGGUCGCUUGAUGGGCAUUUCAAUCCAUGAUGGUAUUCGGAUGCCGGAAGAUACUUACACGUAUGUGCUUCUUUAA